AUGGACGAAGAUUUACAUGCUUUAAUUACUCCCGAGCAAGUAGGAGAAUUUGAAAAGAGCCAAGCUGCAAGAAAUGCUAUUUGUCUCUUGGGCCAGUUAUCAGGAGCUCAUUGCAUGGAGAUAUCGCAAGCCAAUUACACUCUAAUCAGAGAUUUUUUGUUGGUGGAGGUUUCAAUCGACAAUGCAAGGAGGGCGGGAGCCCUCGCUAAAAUGACAAUGGAAGAGCUGAAUAGUGCUAUAAAGCAUGAUGAUGAAUACAUUGUUCAUGUAUGUGAUCAGAAAACUUUCGCUAUGCACGGACCAGCAUGAAUAGUACUAAGCUCAAAGCUGCACAGUUGGGUAAACAUUUUCGUCAGGGAGGCACGAUCCAAGGUUGUUGGCUUUGCUGCUAACCCUAAAGGAACCGUCUUCUUAACGUGGUGUGGCGAACGGAUGGAAUCGAGUCAGAUAAACAAAGCGAUCAAGUCAGUGUGGAAGAAGGCCAAGGUGGAUGGUAAUCCUAGUUCAACUAUUCUCCAUAAGUCAGCGGUCUCACAAGUGCACACGGUCACUUCGAGUGGUGAAGCCAGGGAAAAUCUCGCAGAUCUUAUGGCUCAUAAUGUUCAAACAGCAACGAAGUAUUUCCGUCUGCAGGAAAAGAGCAAAUCUUUUGUUGAAGCAUCAAAACAGCUGCACACUGUUAUGCGAGGACUAGACCAAACAGCCAGACCAGACAGUCCUCCUCUUUACUCCAACCCACCUGCUUCAGAGGCUAUAGCUCCUAACACGUCAAGAACUUCAUGGGAUGAGGACAUGGCAGAUGCGAUCAAGACUCUUUUCAAAGAUGAAAUUAAAGAUGAAGCUAUUACUCUGCAAACGGUGAAAACCAAAAUUUCUGAUCAUCCGCUGCUGAAGGAAGAAGUCCACAAAAGAGUCUUGGACAAGGUAUGUGCCUUUUGGCAUUUCAGUAAGUCCCCUUCUCCAGAACCUCCAUGCCUUCCAACUGAGGUGGAAACACUACACCAAUGUACGGGGCGG